AUGACCCCUCAGCCCCCCCAACCACCACCAGACUUCACUUUGGAUGCUGCGUCCAUAGUUGAACAAGCUGAACUUCUGAUAGCGACAUCGGCAAAAGUUUGGGAUGCUGUAGCUCAAAUAUCCCCCGAGGAGGCGACAUUUGACGGCGCCAUUCUCCCUUUGAUACGCAAUGAAAAUGAUCGGAUGAGUAUCUCCCCUCAGCUUGGGUUCCUUCAUAACGUGUCUCCUUUAAAAGAGCUUCGCGAUGCUUCCAAAGAGGCCAGAAAAAUCUUGAAUCGUGAUAGCAUCGGAAGAUAUUCUCGAGCCGAUAUCUUUAAAGUUGUUGAUGCUGUCUGGCAGAGAAACGAGUCUCUUGACCCGGAGUCGCUUCUCUAUGUGGAGAAGCUGAGAAGUCAAUUCAUCAAAACGGGACAGGGGCUCACAGAUGAGGCUGUGAAAGCUAAAGUGAAGGAGAGUCUUGUUAGGAUCGACGAGCUCGAGAUGGAGCACCUCCGAAAUCUCGACUCGGACGUCGCCGGUUUAUGGCUGACACUAGACGAACUGCAAGGUGUCCCGCAGUCUCACCUGGACCGAUGGAAGAAAGAUGGUGAUAAGAGGUGGAUUGAUCACAAGAUCCCCAAUUAUACGGCCGUGAUGCAACAUGCCUUGCGAGAUGAGACGAGGCAAAAGGUGUGGUUAGACAUGGAAAAUCGGGCAAAAGAGCUCAAUGGAGCUAACCUCAAAGAGCUCCUUGUGCUUAGAGAUGAAGUUGCUCGUGCACUCGGCUACAAGCAUCACGCUGAAUUGCGAGAGAGUGACAGAAUCUUAAAAACUGAUGAUGCCGUCCACUUCCUGAACCGCAUCCGCAAUGUUCUACAAGAACUAGGUCUGCGUGAACUUGAGACUCUAAAGGCCUUGAAGGCCGAAAAGGUCCAACAAGAGCAAUCCCAAGAUGGGCCUUUAUCUGGCCAAUUCUUUGCAUGGGAUAGACCAUUUUUCACACGCCUAGCAGAGGAUAAAUCCCUGCAAGUGGACCAAAACGAGGUUGCUGAAUACUUUCCCCUUGACAGAUGCGUUCCGAGAAUGAUGCAUAUUUUGGGUGCCAUAUUCGGGGUGAAGUUUAUCAAGUACCCGCGUGAUGCCCCCCAGAUUACUACGUGGUAUGAGGGAGUAGAUGCCUACUCUGUAUGGGACGACAUAGCGGAAGGGGGCGAUUUUCUCGGAUACUUCUAUAUGGAUGUAUUCCCACGAGAUAACAAAUACGGCCACAAAGGGAUGUUCAAAAUGAGGCCAGGAUAUGAACGGCAGGACGGGUCGCGAACCUAUCCUUGCUCUGCCUUUAUGACAAAUUACUCACCUCCCAGCGCCACCCGUCCAAGCCUCUUAAAGAUUAAUGAGGUUGUAUCGUGUUUCCAUGAACUUGGUCACACGAUCCAUAACCUUACUUCAAAGACCAAAUAUGCGCGAUUCCAUGGAUCAUCAGUCCCACGCGACUUUGUCGAGGUUCCAAGUAUUAUGCUGGAAUACAUAUUCUGGAAUCCGCACAUCGUGCGCGCGAUAUCCGGUCACUACCUGACGGAAGAGGAUUCAGAAAAUGAGAAGAAACUGCCGGAAGACGUGAUUGAGAGGCUGAUUGCUGAUCAGUUUGCGCAUACGGGGCUUGCGCAACUUUCGACUCUGCAUUUUAGCACAUUUGACCUCCUCAUUCACACGCCUCCUGAUCACCAGACGAUUUGCGACAUGAAUCUUGCGGCAGAGUUCAACAAGCUGCGUAGAGAGAUAUGCUUGGUUAGUGGCCCUGAGGAUAUUGGCUACGCACCCGACUUUGUUCACGGCUUCUGUCGCUUUCGUUUCCCAAUUGGAUACAAUACAAGUUAUUAUACCUAUUUGUCGUGA